UUUACCAGGGCCGGUGGGAUAGUGCAAACGCCCCUUGUGACACAAGAACCUCUCCAGACGGCCAGGAGGCUUUGGCAUCUUUUAGUGUCUUAGGAGGCACAUUAUCUCCCAUCUCCCUGCCAUCAAUGUUCUACUUUAAAAGUCAUGGAGCUGGGAAAGGCGAAGCUCCUGCGAACUGGCCUCAACGCCUUGCACCAGGCCAUUCACCCCGUGCACGGGCUGGCCUGGACGGACGGCAAGCAGGUGAUCCUGACUGCACUGCACCUGCAGAACGGGGAACCCAAAUUCGGUGACUCGAGCGUGGUCGGUCAGUUUGAACACGUGCAUGGGCUGUACUGGGGCCCGUGUCCCGCCGAGGCCCCGGCCCUGCUCGCGGUGCAGCACAAAAAGCACAUCACCAUCUGGCAGCUCUGCUUCAACGGCACCGACAGGAACAAGCUCCUGGUUUCCCAGAUCUGCGACAUCAGCGAGCCGUAUCCCGUGCUCCCCCAGGGCUGCGUGUGGCAUCCCAGCAAGGAGGUCUUGGCCGUGCUGACCACCCGGGACGCCUCUGUCUUGCCUUCUGUCCACCUCAACAACUCCAGAAUUAACGCGGACAUCAAGGGCAGUGGGCUCAUCCACUGCGCCUGUUGGACCAAGGAAGGCAACCGCUUGGUCGUGGGGGUGGGCAGUGCCCUCCAUUCUUACAUUUGGGAUGAUGCUCAGAAAACACUCAGUGCUUGCUCUUUUUGCCCAAUCUUUGAUGUGGGAGGCUACAUCUGUGCCGUGGAAGCUACACAGAAUUUACAAGUCGCUGUUGCCACCGAGCUCCCUCUGGACAAGAUCUGUGGCUUAAAUGCUGGUGUUGCCUUUGAAGUUCCCUCGAGCAUUGAAACUGAAUCUUUUCCCUCACAGUCCAGCUUGUGUGGUGAGGAAGAGUAUUCCUUGGAUGGAGGGAAGAAGUCACUGGACUCUGAGAAGCCCUUGUCUGUAGUUACAUCUCCUGUGGAUCUAACCCACAUACUUUCUAACAAGCAGGGUGCUGAUUCCAGCCCUCUCCUUCACCUGAGGCCCAAGGACUACCUGACGGGAAGUGGCCAAGAUUCCUCACACCUCAUCUUGGUGACUUUUGAAAGAAAGGUUACCUCUACCAAAAAAGUGAGCAUCCCAGGCAUUCUUGUUCCUGAUAUAAUGGCUUUUGACUCCAAAAAUCAAACUGUAUCUGUUGCCUCCAAUACUUGUAAUGUUAUUUUAGUCUAUUCACUGACUUCAUCCAAUUUACCCAAUAUCCAACAAAUUCAGCUGGAGAAAAGUGAGAAGCCAAAGGGUUUGUGCUUCUUGACCAAUAAAUUGUUACUGAUACUAGUUGGAAGACAAAAAUUCACUGACCCUGCUUUUCUUCCUUCUUCAAGAUCAGAUAAAUACAUGAUCCGAUUGAUGAUUAAAGAACUGCUAAUUGAAAUGGGUCCUUCAAAGUCUGUGUCAGCUGAUGGCAGCUCCAGUUUGAACCUUUCCAACAUUACUCAUGAUCCCUCUAGAGAUGUCCACCCUCUCAGCCAUGGGCUCCUGAUACCAGAUCGCUCUGCCCUUCAGUCCCCUACAAGCCGAAGGAAACUCAUUGAAGAAAUCAAGAGUCCUGUUUAUGAAAAAAACUUGAUGUUGAACAUCAGUGACUUCAAAGACAAAAAGAUUUCCAUGAGUUUUCCUCCAGCUGUCGAGACUUUGGAUGCUGAGCCAGUUAAUCGGAGCUUGGCACUGUCUAAUGCUUCGAACAAGCCAACGUCCCCGAAAAGGCAGCCUGAGGCAGCUUCCAAAAUACCCAAUUCUUACAAGAAUAACUUGUUCAGUGAGAAGGAGGCGAGUAACUUCUUGAAAAAUGUAGAAAAAUUGUCCGGUAACUUCACAGAAUUGCAGCACCAUCUUUCUGAAUUAACAGAGCUGCUAAAAUCUGGGAAGAGAAAUCUUCCAGUGUACCCAUCUUCUCACGAACCCUCAUUUAUUAACAUCACCUGCCAGAAGCAGCUUUCCAAAAGUGACGCAGAUGAAAGUCGGGCAGUUCUUCUCUGUGGUGGUAGACUCCGCCUAAACAUCGUCCAGCAGAUAUUCAACCUUUCCCUUGUGGAAAUGCAGCACGGUUCCUCUUGGAUUGUUCUCACAGCAGACAGCGAGGGCUUCAUCCCAUUAAAGUUUACAUCCACACAGGAGAUCCUCAUCAGAGAUGCCACUGCAAAAGGCUACAGUGCCCGCUCUUCCAAAACUCUGGACAUCAUCAGUUCCACACAGGGGUGUAGAUCCACUUCUGAAAGCCUGGAUAUCACCAGUUCUCUGGAAGUCCUGAGGGACUGCUCCUCCAAGACCUUGGACAGCAUCAGCCCUUCAGAAGAGCCCAGCAAUAAAAUGUAGUUUUUGACAGUGGUUUUGCAAUGCCUGUCUGGUGAUGGGAGGCUUUUAUGUUUACUGUAUGGAACUGCAAAUUAUCAACAACAGUCUCAAAUCUCUGUACAAUUUCUAUAGUUUUUUUGUUGCAUUGUAAAUUAUUUAUUUGAUCCUUGGAAACAUUAACUUUUUUUUAUACUGAGCAGUGUUUUUUAACUAUGCCUCUUGCAGUACAAAUGAGGCUGAAUAUGUGCAUUCUUAAAAGUUUCUGAGCUCACGUUUCCAUCUUGGUCUUUAAUACAUUGGUGUUUUUAGAUUAUAGUAAACUUGGAUAAUAAAGAAAUCUUUGAAAAUGC